CUUUAAAGAACGCUUCGUCGAAAAAAGGUGUGUGAGGAGUGCAAAGCCGAGUCUGAAAAAGGUUCUAAAAUAGUGUUUUUAUCCAGGAUUACAGGUGAUAAAAGGGCAAACUACGUUAGAAAAACAUGUCGUCUUCGCCUCAGUAUGAGAUACAAGAAGCAGAUGCACAAUAUGUUAUUACGGAACAGUCAAGAUUUCAAACAAGUAGUGCUGAAGAGAAUGAGUCUGCUUCUGAUGAAGAGCAACAAAUUCUCUAUACACAAUAUGAGCCUACUUAUGAGACCCAAUAUGAGACCUAUUUACCAAGAACAGUUAAAAGAAGAGGUCAUUUACCGAAAGAUUCUGUAAAAAUUUUGAAAAACUGGCUGUAUGAGCAUAGGUUCAAUGCCUAUCCAACAGAAAUAGAAAAGCACGUUCUUUCACAAGAAACAAACUUGACUGUUUUGCAAAUUAGUAAUUGGUUUAUUAAUGCCAGAAGAAGAUACUUGCCAGAUAUGAUGCGGAGGGAAGGAUAUGAUUCUAUGCAGUAUACUAUCACUAGGAGAAGAAAGGCACCAUCAAGGAGAGGCUCAGAAGAGGUGUUGUAUCAAAAAGGAAAUAAAAUAAUGCGCCUUCAAAGAGUCAAAAGUGUUGGGGAUGGUGAAGAAUAUGAAGACAACGGUAGUGAAUAUCUUAUUGGUGAAAAUGGAGAAAUUAUUACGGAGAAGAGGUUUAAUCCCUGGAAUGCUGAUAUACAUUAUGGACUUACGGUUAAUCCAGCUGAUAGGAGUUCAUCUAGUAUUGAAGGAACUCCAAUUGCGAAAAGCAGUACACAGACCGUUACAAAACAGCCUACAUUUGCCUCAAAUUUGGUUAUGGUAAAAACAGCCUCCGGUAAAAACGUAAUCCUAAAAGUGGUUCCACAAGGAAGCGGUAAUUUGCCCAAAGCGGUUAUUCUGAAACCAGCAAAGAUCAUUAAGAAACCGGUUGUACAAACUCAAGUCGUACAAGAGGAGGAACAGAUCCAAGUGUUGGAAGAGGAAGAAGUGGGCAUCGACGAGAGCGAGUUUGCGUGUCAGUCUUUGAAACAGGAGAUUUUUGUGGACGAUCUGGCAACGUCCGAACCUGACGAAUCGCUGGUGCACGAAGAGGAAGUGAUUCAAGAAGAGGAAUACAUAGAGCAGGAUCCAGAAGGUGUAUUUGAAGAAGAGCUGGUUCACGUCCAAGAAGAAGAGGAGGACGAGUCGCAAGACGAAGAGGUGACCAUAGACGAGCACACGUUCCUGAGCGAGAACAUUUUCUGCGAGACUGUCCAUUCCGAAUCCGACGAGGUCGGAGUUCGAGAGGUGUGCGUCAACGAGGUCACGCUAGAGGAGGAGGUGAACGAGGUAACUAUAGAAGAGAGCAACGAUGUCGCUGUUGACAAUUAGAUAAAAUAUUUAUUUAUGAGUCUGGAGAGGUACCGCAACAAUUUAAUUUAUACAUUUUUAUUGAUACAGAAUUUGUAAUGUUUUUGUUUUUCGAUUAGGGAGGAGUUUGAAAUUGUAGGUUGCGCAGAGUGUUUUAGAAUAAAAGUAAAAAAUUUCCUUUAUUUUGUUCAAGGUGAUAUAUUUUUUAAAUUAAAAAAAAAUCACCCCAUUUUUGUCGUAUUAUUAUAGAAAAAGG